AUCCUUGUCUUGAAAUGACACGUCUUGGUGUCGUCCUGCAGUGCAAGCGUUUCUUCCUCAAAGAAUGCAAAACUGCAAUUUCGAAGGUGAGCGUGCAGGGAAAAAUAGUAUAAAAACAAGAGCAAUAGGUUAUUUAUUUAUUUAUUUAUUGUUGACGACCUGUCUGUGAGGGUUUAAGCGCUACCUCUUCCCUAAUUUGCCACUGUGGAAUCAUCGUUGAAGUCCUUGGUUACUGUUUUUGUAACAUCCAACGGUGUAGGACCAAGGAGGAGGAUGCUUACACUUGCAACAUAGUAUGAGAUGCAUUCUCAAAAUCAUGACGGUAAACAUUAUUAGACUAUCAGAUUACUCACAGUCAACACUCUGUCAGCUUUCCCAAGAAAAAGAGAACCUCUUUUGACGCAUCCACCAGCGCCACGCUCACCACCUUUGCGCUCUCUCUCUCUCUCUCUCUCUCUCUCUCUCUCUCCAGCUUCAUCGAUGGCGCUUCUGAACCUUUUGAGUCCAUACAUUUUCUUCUUCUUCCUGCUUGUCUUCUUCACUGCAGGCUCCACACACGCUGAGUCUGCUUCUUUGUCUUCCGCUUCUCCGGAUGUUGAGCUUCUCUUGGGAAAGAUCAGAGCUUCAUUGCAAGGUAACUCUGAGAACCUUUUGCUAUCUUCAUGGAAUUCUUCUGUACCUUUGUGCCAAUGGAGAGGGCUCAAAUGGGUAUUCUCCAAUGGCUCUCUUUUGCUCUGUAAUCAAAUCUCUUCCCCACAAUGGAACAACCUCUCUCUCUUCAAAGACCCAUCUCUGCACCUUCUCUCCCUUCAGCUUCCCUCUGCUAAUCUCACCGGUUCGCUGCCCAGAGAGCUGGGUGAGUUUUCCAUGCUUGAAAGUCUCUUCCUUAACUUCAACUCACUGAGUGGAACAAUCCCUCUAGAGCUUGGCUAUAGCUCUUCACUCUCUGAAAUUGAUUUGGGUAACAACUUGUUGAGUGGGGCUUUAGCACCGUCUCUCUGGAACUUGUGUGAUGGACUUGUUUCUCUUAGGCUUCAUGGUAAUUCACUGUCUGGGUCAGUCCCUGAACCUGCAUUACCGAACUCUACGUGCAAGAAUUUACAGGUCUUGGAUUUGGGUAACAACAAUCUUACUGGGAAUUUUCCCGAAUUCAUAACCAGGUUCCGUGGGCUUAAAGAGCUUGAUCUUGGGAAUAAUAUAUUUUCUGGUUCAAUUCCAGAGAGUUUAUCUGGACUAAACCUUGAGAAAUUGAAUCUUUCCCACAAUAAUUUUAGCGGGGCCUUGCCUAUUUUUGGAGAACCAAAAUAUGGUGUGGAGGUGUUUGAGGGAAACAAUCCGGGGCUUUGUGGAUUACCUUUGAAAAGUUGUGGUGGAAGUUCUGGAUUGAGCCCGGGCGCAAUCGCCGGCAUUGUGAUUGGUUUGAUGACUGGAGCAGUGGUUUUGGCUUCACUGUUGAUUGGGUAUGUGCAAAAUAAGAAGCGGAAGAGUAGGGGAGAGAGUGGAGAUGAAUUUGAGGAAGGAGAAGAUAUUGAAGAUGGCGAUGGUGAUGGUGAUGUAGGCGUUGGUGUUGGUGUUGGUGGUGGUGGUGAAGGCAAGCUUAUUUUGUUUCAAGGUGGAGAGCAUUUGACAUUAGAAGAUGUGUUGAAUGCAACCGGGCAAGUUCUGGAGAAGACGAGCUAUGGAACCGUUUAUAAGGCAAAGCUUUCCGAUGGAGGGACCAUUGCUUUGAGAUUGUUGAGGGAAGGUAGUUGCAAAGAUAGGAGUUCGUGUUUACCGGUGAUAAAGCAACUGGGAAAGAUUCGCCAUGAGAAUUUGAUUCCAUUGAGAGCUUUCUAUCAGGGGAAGCGAGGGGAAAAACUCCUCAUUUAUGACCAUCUUCCUCACAGAACCCUCAAUGAUCUAUUACACGAAACUAGAGCAGGAAAACCAGUGCUGAACUGGGCUCGAAGGCACAAGAUUGCAUUGGGUAUAGCCAGAGGACUAUCAUAUCUUCAUACAGGUCUUGAGGUACCCAUUACUCAUGGAAAUGUGAGGUCCAAAAAUGUGCUUGUAGACGAGUUUUUUGUUGCAAGGCUCACUGAGUUUGGGCUUGACAAGCUAAUGGUCCCAGCCAUAGCUGAUGAAAUGGUGGCACUUGCAAAAACUGAUGGUUACAAAGCACCAGAGCUUCAAAGAAUGAAGAAAUGCAAUUCUAGGACAGAUGUCUAUGCAUUUGGGAUAUUUUUAUUGGAAAUUUUGAUUGGAAAGAAACCUGGAAAAAAUGGAAGAAGCGGGGAAUUUGUUGAUUUACCUUCAAUGGUGAAAGAGGCAGUUUUGGAGGAGACAACAAUGGAGGUUUUUGAUGUGGAAGUCUUAAAGGGAAUAAGGAGUCCAAUGGAAGAAGGUUUGGUUCAUGCAUUGAAACUUGCAAUGGGUUGCUGUGCUCCAGUGGCUUCAGUUAGACCUACAAUGGAUGAAGUCGUGAAGCAGUUGGAGGAGAAUCGACCUAGAAACAGGUCUGCUUUAUACAGCCCUACAGAAACAAGGAGUGGAAUAGCUACACCAUUUUGAGCCUGCCUUUUCUAUAUGCUCAUCUAUAUAUACAAGUUCCAUUUUAUUGUCUAUCUGAUCCUCAUUAAGAUGGUAACUGUAGUGUAUGGUGCUAAUGUUUUUCUGAAGAAGGUUAUAUUUCUAGGAAUUGGUAAUGUGUAAUUUAUGAGACAAUGCAUCACUUAAACAGCUAUCUUGGAAUGUAACAAAUGUUUGAUA